UCAUUGGCAGAGGCUAUAGCUCCACUUUUCUACUACCAAUGUCGUCUCUUCGCCGACGUAUACAACCCGCCAACCAUGGUUUUGUGCCGAGAAGGCCCCCGCCUUCUCACCGGCACUCAGGACCCUCUGCUCCUUGGCCUUGGAUAAAUCUUAACGAUGAAGUCGAUGGAGAACAGCUCGGAUCAGAGGCCCCCCCUAUUCCAGAGCUGUGCGACCACGUCGACUGCAACGGUUGCUGGAAAAACUAUCCUCAGUCUCGUUUCCCGAACUGGACUCCUUCUCAAGUCAGACGUAGCCGAAUACUUUAUGCCAUUAAAGACUACGACCGGGACAUUCCAUGCACGAUUCAUCACGUUGACGUUGACGACCGCGGCUAUUUCAUGGACUCAGGGAAGCACGAGGCUACAGAAGAAACGAAGGAUAGUUUCUGGGGAGUUCUCAUUCGCCAACACAGGCCGGCGAACACGCGUGUCCGGGCGCUGUUUGUUGAAGACAUGUCAGGGCCAGUGUUGCAAAUGCUUGGCGCAAAAUACAAUAUAGAACCGUUCUUCUUCUCAUCAUCACUAUCAUGGAUACCAUCGCGUUUCCAGGAAGAUGUUCAGCCAGGAAGGGGAGACCAUAUCACUAUCACGUUAACAUUCCUCAAAACCAUGGAUGCGGUCGUCGUAAGCGACCAUUCUUCAACUUUUUCCAAGGCAUCAACAACUAGCGAAGACACUCUUGCCCGCGAACAAGUAAUUAAUACCCAAGCCCCUUUGGUCCUGCGGUCCGGCGAUGGCUGCUCCUUAGUGCUCGAUCUCCUCGCAGUCCAUCUUAUUCGAAACGUUGAAGGCAAUACCCUCAUAUCAUACCAUAAUUCUGAUCGCGAGGCAACGUCUGCCCCGUACCUUCACGAACGUAUACGCUUUGCAGGUCAAAGUGUGUACUGGCAAAAUAUAUUCCAACGAUCUCCGGAUCCUACUUUUGUAUUACUGACAUUCAUUUGGCACGCCAUGUACGCCUGGGAUGAGGCACUUGAGGCGUUAUAUGCACACAUUUGUUGGCUAGAAACCAGUGUGUUGGAACCUUCAAACAUCUUUCUCACACGGGAACUGCACAUUAUACGAGCGCAUCAUCUACAUUAUUCUUCUUUAUUGGAAGAUAUGAGAAAAGCCGUUGCCUUCAUACGCGAUACCCCCAAUCCGGCUAUGGACAAUCUACCCGAAGGAGACAAGCAAUUUAGUCGGACGUUGCUGGAGAAGGAAUGUCGAAAUCUGCUUUCGGAAAUCGGCCGACUGGAGAUGAGCCGGCGCAUGCAGGAUAAGCGGCUUAAAAAUGUCAUGAAUUUAGUGUUCAGCAGCGUCAAUAUCAACGACAGUAAACGUAUGAAGGAGUUAACUGAGGCAGCUGUAAGGGACAGCGCGGCGAUGAAACAAAUAGCCUACCUCACUAUGAUAUUCCUUCCCUCUUCUUUCGUUGCCGGCAUUUUUGGAAUGAAUGUCCGAGAAAUCAACCCCGGCACCGACGGGACUCUACCACACUACUUUGAAGUAGCUGCUUCCCUGACGUUUGUAACAGUAUGGGUCGUCAUGGCCUUUCAGAGCAAAUAUCUCUUUGACUCUGGUGCCACAUUUUGGAUGCGCCUUCUGUGGCCGUGGAUGUUGUUCAAGCAAGUGUUUGUGAAACGGACCAAGAAGGAGAAAGAGAAAGAGGAUUUUGUUAUGGAUGAUUUUGGAGCUCUUCGGACGAACAGAUACUAACGGGAUAAUGAAGGGUUUGUGUUUAUCAAAAGUACUUCUAUGACAUCCUAUGUAUAAUGUGUUUUGGUACUGCUAUCUUCUCGUUUAUGGACACGACUAUUUAUGCAUUUAUUGAACUGGA